GAGAAACAUUUUGGUUUAUUUUCGUUCCGGCAUUGGCGUUCAAACAUGGCUUCCACUUUUCUCAAGGUUGCAGUUUCCGGUCUUUCAAGAUGUUGUCGUCUCACACUCCUGAGAGCCCAUUCGACAACAGCAUCCCUUCAUCGGGGCAUCCCUGGGUCACUGUGGAACCUAGGCAAGCUGAACCAUAUUGCCAUUGCUGUCCCAGACAUGGACAAGGCCACAGCCCUGUAUCGAGAUGUCCUUGGGGCCACAGUGAGUGAAAAAUUACCUCUACCAGAGCACGGUGUCUACACGGUGUUUGUGGAGCUGGCCAACACAAAGCUGGAGCUUCUCCAUCCUCUUGGGGAGAAGAGCCCAAUUUCUGGAUUCUUGCAGAAGAACAAGGCUGGCGGAAUGCACCAUAUUUGUAUUGAGGUCGAUGACAUCAACGCUGCGAUCAAAGACCUGAAAGUAAAGAAUAUCAGAACUCUUUCAGCAGAGCCGCGAAUAGGAGCGCAUGGGAAACCAGUGAUGUUUCUUCAUCCCAAAGACUGUGAUGGCGUACUAGUGGAGCUCGAGGAAGCGUGAAGCAGAUCAAACACUUUAUAUGCCGAUCCUUUAAUUCCAGAGAGAUUCAACUGAGUUGACCUUGCAAUGGCCAUGAAAUUUCACUGUGGUUUGUUUUGACACUUUCUAUAAAGUUGUGUUGAAUUAACGUC